AAAAUAAAACAUGUAUAUAUAAAACCCCUGGGGUAAUGGUGUAACUUAAGAUGAGUGAACUACAGACAAACUGAGCACCAUUUAUCAGGUUGUUUGGGAUUUACCUAGUUAGCAAACAAUAAAUAAUAUGAGAUUGUAUUUUAGCUUGAACAGAGGGUGAGAGCUGCACAAACAGAGCCCAGUGUUUACAGCGGACCCAACAUGGCAGACUAGCCUGGUCUUACAUGCAUCUACAUAAACAAGAUUUUUUUUAAAAACAAAGAUGGCUUUUUCCUCAACCAUCUAAUACUCUAAAUUACAUUGACUUAGUCUUUUUUUAUUAUUCAAAUAACCCUUUUGUUAUAACAAGGGAAAUCUUAAUUGUAGUUCUCGCUAAUGUUAACUUACACCAGGGAUCUCAAGUAUCACACAUUAACGUGACGUCCCUCACGUUGGUCUUUUCCUACGUUCUCCCGUAUUUCUCACGCAGAAAAUGAGGUCAGCAUUAUUAAGAGAAUGUCUUCCAUAGCUCUGAUUUUCUUUUUCUUUUAGUCAUAUUCACUAACGCUGUCGAUUAACACAGGAUCCACAGAGCAGUUGGCCAUCAUGUGCAUAAGCUAACACUUCUUUACAUACAUAAUUCAUGCUAGGUUCAUACAUGCUUAAAAAGAGUUGCGGUGUGAUCGUUGUGAUUUCCAGCUCACAGCUCUGUAUGCCAUGUUCUCUUACAGCACGUUUAAAGUGUGUGUGUGUGUGUGUGUGUGUGUGUGUGUGUGUGUGUGUGUGUGUGUGUGUGUGUGUGUGUGUGUACUCUAUCACAUAACCCUGAAUAUCAACAAUCAAGAUUCCACAUUCGAUUCGAUCGGCCAGCCAAUCAGGAAAAAACAGACCAGCACUGAACAGCUACAAACACUUCGACACGCCUACUACGUGAAGCUCCGCCCCCAAAAUGUAUGAUUGACAGAAACAGUGGCUAUACGCUACUACUGAACGGUGUGACGGUAGAAGUGGGGAAAUGUUUGUGCCUCUCACAUACAUCCGAGCUGUCAGUGUGGUUCUGCCUGUAUAGCGGAGCAGAGAAGACCGGACCGGACCGGACCUGCAUCAUGGAGCGCAAACCGAAAACAACACAAAGGAUUUACAUUUGCAGUGCAACAGGAUGACACUUUAAUGUGUGUGCAUGUGCGCAAGCAGUCAAAAAAAUAUAAUAAUAAUAAUAAUAAUAAUAAUAAUAAUAAUAAUAAUAAUUGAAAAACAACAGACAAUCAAAAUGUUUCUUAGAGCAAGUCACACAUCUUUCUGUGAGGAUGCGGGAUUCUCUGUAGACGCGCGUGCUGGAGGAUGCACGUUCGCAUAACCAAACCCGCUUAGGAUGCUCGCGCUGAUCAACAGGAUUUAAGAGCGAGUUUUCUGCGCCGACGCGGUCAUGGGUGUGCUGCUGCUCUGCCUACUUUUGCACGCGGGACUGGCGCGCGCCACGCACGACGGCUAUGUGGAGUGGUCGGACGGCGGCGAUGACGACGACGACGAGGAGGCCACCGCUGCUACCGCCGAAAUCGGUGCGAGGCAACACCGAGUCCGUGGCACGGAGCGCGGGGCUUCGGCUGGGGCCGGGGCGGAGGAGCUGCCGCGCGUUGUGGCCGCCUUCCUCCACACGGGCGACGCGUCCGCGCUUGCGCACGUGAACUGCUCGCGCCGUUACGAGCUCAGCAGCCUCGGUUCCGUUCCACCGGCCCCACCAGUCACUUCCUCACAUUCCGUUCACGCUGCGCUCGACGCCGUGUCGCGCGCCACCGACUUCCUAAACGCGCUGGCGCGAGAAACGCAGCAAGAUAAGCAGCAGCAGCAGAAGGCGUGGUAUCGUGCGCUGGUUCGGAGCCUGCUGGACCGCGAGCCAAAGAUCCAUCGCGCCACGCUCGCCCUCCACACCGAGCAGCUCCACCUCCAGGCCACGAGGACGGGCGGACACGUGGAGCUGCAAGACCUUUCAGGUGAGGAGUCCGAGUCUAACCGCCAGGUCCAGCAGAGAACCCGGAUGAUAACGCAGAGCUCCCAGAGCACACAAGGUCACGUGCAGUGGUCUGCGCCAUACCUGGAGUGCGAGCAAGGGCGCUUCAUCCCGCACUGGCUUCUAACGCUGUCGGUGAAAGUGUUUGGUCUGAACUCGGGCACAGAGCCAGAGACCAGGGGUGUGGUAAGGGUUGACGUCAGUCUGCAAGAUGUGGACAUUGAUCAGUGCUCCAGCUCUGGCUGGUUCUCCGGGACUCACCGCUGCAAUCUGACCAGCAUGGAGUGUAAAGCGAUUCCAGGCCAUGGCUUCGUGUUGGACAAGUACAAGUGCCAGUGCAGGAGGGGGUUUUACCAACACAGCCGAGUGGCACUCAACGGCUUCUCCACGCAGGGGGAUGGUUAUGCCGGGGCAGAACCCACAGACGUGUCGGCUCGCUGUCUGCCCUGUCAGGACGGCUGCGUCUUCUGUCGGGACGAUACGCCGUGUCUGGCUCAGGAAGACGGCGUCCUCCGUCUCGCCGUCAUCUCCUUCCAGAGCCUGUGCGUGCUGCUUGACUGCGUCUGCAUGACCGUGGUGUACCGCUUCCGCCGCAACAAGAGAAUCAAAUCAUCUGGAUUUCUUCUCCUGGAGGCGAUCCUGUCAGGUUCCACGCUCCUCUACCUUCCUGUGAUGAUACUUUACUUUCGACCGAACGUGCUGCACUGCAUUCUGCUGAGGUGGGCUCGCCUGCUGGGUUUCGCAACGGUGUACGGAACAGUGAUCCUCAAGCUCUUCCGGGUGUUGAAGGUUUUCUUGUCCCGUACGGCCCAGCGGAUUCCCUACAUGACCAGCUGCCGUGUCCUGCGUUUGCUGGGUGCCAUUUUGCUUGUUGUGCUUUGGUUCCUGGUGGCCUGGACCUCGGUCGUGUGUCAGAGCCACGAUGCCCAUCACGGGCUUGUCGAAGAGGGUGUGACACUCGAGGGUCUUCAGUUCAGCAUGUGCAAGCUCGACCGCUGGGAUUACAUGAUGGCUGUUGCCGAGCUUCUCUUUCUGCUGUGGGGAGUCUACCUGUGCUACGCUGUUCGCACCGUCCCCUCCGCCUUUCAUGAGCCACGCUACAUGGCAGUCGCCAUCUAUAACGAACUCCUCGUCUCGGCCAUAUUUCACAUCAUCAGGUUCACCCUGGCUCCUGGACUCCACCCUGACUGGAUGUUGAUGUUAUGUUUUGUUCAUACACAUUUGACGGUGACAGUGACUCUGGGAUUGCUGCUCGUCCCAAAGUUUGUGUUCACCGGUACUCACAGGCAGGACGACAUCGCCACUGAAGCCUACGAGGACGAGCUGGAUAUGGGCCGAUCCGGCUCCUACUUAAACAGCAGCAUAACUUCAGCCUGGAGUGAGCACAGUUUGGACCCUGAAGACAUAAGGGAGGAGCUAAAGAAGCUCUAUGGCCAACUAGAGGUCUAUAAGCAAAAAAAGAUGAUGGCGAAUAACCCUCAUCUCCAGAAAAAACGCAACUCCAAAAAAGGCAUCGGACGUUCGCUUAUGCGUCGCAUCACAGAAAUACCUGAAACGGUGAGCCGACAGUACAGUCGGGAAGACAGGGAUGGAAGUGAACAUGGCAGCAAUCGCAGUACCCUACGUAGAAACCCAUUUGAAUCUUCCCAUGGUGGAAAAUCCAGAGAGGACUCUCUAAAGAGUAAAGUGUUCUCCUUGAAACGGUCCCAUAGCUAUGACCAUACACAUGACCAGACUGGGAAUGCAAAUGGUGUUCCAGCUGAUAAAAUGGACAACUCUACAACUGAGCUAUCUCUGCUGGACACCUUAAUGGGGAGAAGGUCUGCAAAGAAAAAUCCAGAGGCACAAAAGGUCAAACCUGCAGAAUCGACAGAGUCUGUGCCACUUGUGUGCAAGUCCAUCAGUGCACAAAAUCUUGCAGCAGACAAGAAGCCUAUGCAUCUACGUUCCUCGAUGAUACAGAAGUCUCUGAGCGUCAUAGCCAGUGCCAGAGAGAGAACCCUGGGGCUUGGAGGGAAGACCCAUAGUGUUGAGGAUGCAAGUAAGAAAGGCCUCAAGGCUAAAGAAACAAGGAUGCUUUCAGAAGUUGAAGAAUCUCCUGAAUGCUUCCCAAAGAUGAUCAUCAGCCAAUCAGUAGAGUACAGCAAGACCCCAAGCAAAAUGGGCAUCAUGAAGCAACAAGUGAGUGGAAGUCAACCUUCAAUUUGCUCUGAGCCAGGGAGAAGCAAGGACCUUUAUGACCUUUCCGAGGUCUGCCCCUGGGAAAUGGAAGAUUUGCCCAGUCUGUCAGAGGGGAAAGCUCAAAAGCAUGUUUCCAUCGCCCCAGAUGAGACUACUACGAUUCACGAGAGCAUCUCUAAAAGCGGAAAGUCUCAUCAUAAACAAAGGAUGGUCUUUCCAUCUCCAUCAAAUCGACGUCGCUCCAAAGAUAAGGGCGGUAACCGAGAGGAAGGGAGCGACAAAAAUGAUGGGAGGAGACCCAAAACACCACUUAACCUGUAUGCCUCCAAAGCAGAGGUCUGCCCUUGGGAAUUUGAGGAUUCAUCUGUCAAAGGAGUCGAGACCCUUGACAGGUCUAGCCGCAAGAAAAGUGCCACUCCAACAGAUGGAAAGCCCAAGAUUAUCCUCUCAGACAUCUCCAAAUCCACUGGAAGCCUUCUGCAGCCUCCAGCCCUUAUGAUGGACAUUUGUCCAUGGGACUAUGACCAAUCACCAUCUCCUAACCAGGACAAGACCUCAAGCCCCACACAUCAUUCAAAGAGAAGGGACUCGAAUCCAAAAAGGAAAGGUUCUUGCUCGUCAAAAGGGAAGGGGAAGGACAGAGAUGAUGACAACCAAAGAUCCAAAAGCAGAGAGAGGCGAAGCUCUUCCAGUAAACCUUCUGAGAAACGGCGUGUCAGCCAGACAUCAGAGAGCGGCCAGUUUACUGUGAUAGCAUCUGGUAGAAGGAGAAGUUCGACAAAAGAGGCUGGAAUCACUGACAGUAAACAUGCUGAAGUAUGCCCUUGGGAAACAGAACGUAUGCCAGGUGUCACCACAAAGGAUGGAGACAUCCACACAACAUCUCAAACAACUGCAUCAGCCGCUAGUAAACUCAGCAUGCCUGAGGUCUGCCCAUGGGAUUUCGAAGACAAGACAUUAGAGAACCAUGCAUAAUCAGAAUCAGGUUGCCCAGUAUAAAUAACCCAAGACAGUGGUGGAAUUUCCUUCCUACAACGUUGCAAUACAAUGAUUUUGAAAACACUUUUAAGACAAGAGUGUUUCCACAAAUACAGUAUUUAGACAGUUUGAAUAAAAUCUUUGGUGAGAACACAGUUGAGCAAUCAAACUCAGGCCUGAGUGUGUCAUAGUGAAGUGCAUCCUAGUAAGAAAGCGAUCGAGCUCUAACGAAAAAAACACUAGAUGUGAUACACAAAGUGUUUAUCUAGUUUAUCUAGUAAACUAGUUUUUUGUUCUCCGUGCUUGGGUGAUACCUGUGAUAUCUAAAGGUCCGUUUACAUUUUUUCCGAAACUGUAUUUCUGGGCAAGGAGUGAACGACUUUUACUACAAUCAUCUCAGCCAAUGUUUAGUAGUUUUAGUAGAAAUUAAAUUGCAACAGAACAAAAGUCUCAAACAACUGCAACAAAUUCGCUUUGAUUGGUACUUGACAUGCAGUCUGUGUGUGAAUGCAUCCUGCUCAAAACUUCAAAUGUGAGUGAAACAAAAGCACCAGUUUUAUGUUGUAGUGUCACACGGUGUUGUUUAAACGCUAACUCUGGUGUCAAGAUGGUCUAAUGAGCUGUUUUUGGAAGGAUAAUCAAUCUGUAAAUUGUUUUAUAUGAUUUAAAAUGCGGGGGGGGGGGGGCACAGUGGCUUAGUGGUUAGCACGUUCGCCUCACACCUCCAGGGUUGGGGGUUCGAUUCCCACCUCCGCCUUGUGUGUGUGGAGUUUGCAUGUUCUCCCCGUGCCUCGGGGGUUUCCUCCGGGUACUCCGGUUUCCUCCCCCGGUCCAAAGACAUGCAUGGUAGGUUGAUUGGCAUCUCUGGAAAAUUGUCCAUAGUGUGUGUGUGUGUGUGUGUGUGUGUGUGUGUGUGUGUGUGUGUGUGUGUGUGUAUGUGUGAGUGAAUGAGAGUGUGUGUGUGCCCUGUGAGGGGUUGGCACUCCGUCCAGGGUGUAUCCUGCCUCGAUGUCCGAUGACGCCUGAGAUAGGCACAGGCUCCACGUGACCCGAGAAGUAAGGAUAAGCGGUAGAAAAUGAAUGAAUGAAUGAUUUAGAAUUAAAUUGCCUUACAAGGAAAAGGAAUCAUGAAAGGCUAAUAAUAUUUUAGCUGGUCAGUGCACAAAAUAUCCUUUGAUCCAGUUAAUCUAAUAAUAUAGCCAUUUUAACCAAAGAAUAUUUAACUCCUCACAGAUGAUGAUAAAUUAUUAGCACACUCAGAACACACACUUGAACGUCAGAUAUUUCGUCAACAGGAGAGCACAAGGUAAUUUGAUUUUAUUUUGGGACGGAUUGCAUGGAUGAGUGGCACGGUUGCAUUGUUGUUGAUAUCUUUCUUUUCCCCUUUACUCCCAUCUGAAUACUGUAGUGUUGUGAUUUUGCAUCAGUAAUCUCCGCUGUAAUAACAUGUCGUCACUUGACCGGAUAUUUAUCUCUGUAUCCUAUGAAAUAGUGUUCCAGUGGUUUCUGCAUGACCGUGAAUAAACACAGUCCCUGUUUUUAUUUCUUUCGAUGAAAAGACGUUUCCCCGAGCGAGCUGUUCACAUCCAGCCUGCAGCGUUUCUAUUGUAGGUUUAUAUCGUGCUCGUCCGUGAUGGCAUGUACAGAAAAUACCUCCAGCCUGCAAUAAACAUUUUCAUGUUCA